AUGUCAUUACGUAACAGAUUACAAGAUAUCAUUCAACAAGAAACUCCUACUAAUGCUUACUCAAACCAGUUAAAGAAAGAUAUCAGCCGUGUUGAACAAUUCACCAGGGACUGUGAUCGGGUCUUGCCCACACUACAUGAUUCCGAUUCAAUUGAUAAACAAAUAAUUGCGUUGUAUGACACAUAUGGAAGAAUCCCAUAUAAUCACGAUAAAAACGAUACAAUCAAUACUGCAACUACAUCUGUGAUUCUACAAGAACUAAUCAAAAAGUACACAUCGCCCAAGCCACCUACAACCAUCGACCUUUCAUUCUUAAUUGCCCAGCUUGAAGCUAACAACAAGGAAAAACAAAAAAUGUUACAAACCUUACAUGGCUCAUUAUCACCAGCCUUCGAAUCACCAUUAGAGUCUAAAGUUGAAGAAGCAAGCCAAUUACAAACUGAAUUAGAUGAGUUUAUCAAAGUAAUCACUUCAAGGAUAUAA